AUGGCAGAGCUGGAAAUUGACCAGACCAACCUUCCACGUGUCCAAGAAGGUAAGCAAACACUGUGACAGGAAACCUCCUUCAUCCACAGUAGGGAGAAAGUUGUAGAUUGUUCCAUGCAUUAGUCAGGGCCAGGUGUGGUUCCAGCAGGGAUUAAGUAUAUAUAUAUAUAUACUUUGAACAUGUAAGCAAAUAUUAGAGGUAGAUAAAGCAACCUUCAAGUGAAAAGCUGGCUUUCACACUAAGUCGCAGCUGUUUUUGUCUGUCCUUGCGUGUCAGCUUUAUUGCUUUGGCUUCUUAUGUGUUUUGACUUCUCUUAAAGCCGUGCAGAGGGAUUUUAUCUUGUUGUGCUGCAGAUAAGAGAAAGAAAUGAGAUGGAUGUUUGGGACUUUUUGGGGGAAGGAAGUGCUGUUGCAUGAGAGGAAGACUUCAGUAGAGUUUAUUGUUUUUAAAUUAUAACAUUCAACUUAUGGCCCCUGCAAAGUAAACUGUCCCCAAACGGAAAUUUAUAAAACCCACACGGAGAAAUUAUGAGGCUCAGUUGGUUUCUUGUGUUACAGACUCCGAGUAUGAAUCGGCUUGCUAGGAAAAUAAAGGCAUUAAGUUGAAGUCAAGGAGAAAUAUGUAUCUGCUGGAUACUAAAAGUUGAAUUAAAAGAGCAGUUUGACAAACUGGCUUAAGAAUUUGUCAUGGUCAUAUGAGUGCAGCUCUUAUGAACCACAUCAGUCACGUCUGUUUUCAUGCUGGUAUGAAAUAUUCCCAGGUAAGUCGGUCUAAGCCGCGGCCUGGGUGUAGACUGUUGACCCAGCCUUUGGCGUAUCCGCACUAAUGAACAGGAUGGAAAUAGGUCUGCUUGUCUUUUAUCAUGGGAGAUAAUUCAGCACUUCACUCUUGUUCUCAGUACACAAAGGGCGCAGUGUGCAGCUUUGCAUUUUCAUGCUUAAUCAAGCAGAGGCUGGUGCCCAAACAAAGCCAGGAACAGCAGCAAUAAAAUGCCCAUCCAGACAAUUGUGUCAAUUAAGAUCAAAUGUCCGGUCGGGGUUAUUUACCCGCUCAUCCUCCACUUUCUCCAGACAGAUUUAUCAGACUGUGUUUCUGUUUUUUCUGCAGCAUGGGGGUCGUUUACUCCAUGUCCCAGUGUGGGUGUUUAUGUUUCAAUUUCCCUCAGAGCCGUAGAUCCUCGUGUCCCACUUCUCCCUCACUUCCCUCGUCAUCCAGCGAUCUCUCAGCCAAGUCAACUUUCUUUGUUUUCACUGCCCCCCUUAUCAGUUCCUGUGUUUUUUUUUUCCUCUCCUCUGGCUGCUCCUGAUUUAGCCUGAUGUGGUGAGGGAAUGCAGCUCCCGGAGGAAUUCCCCCACCUCACCCCCUCCCCUGCUCCUAAUUUCACUCUCACCAACUGACCCAGAGCCCCGCUGCCCCUCACCUCUCUUUGUUUUCCAUGACAGCCCGGUCCAGUUCAUGGGCUUGCUGGCCCGGCGCACCAAGUUUAUAACACACACAGAGAGAGCUGUGGGAUGAACGGGCACUUAGUGGUGAAUUUUUGUGCGAAAAAAGCAGUAUGCUGGAGACGAGAACAGACCAGAGAGGAGGAGAGAGAGAGAAGAGGGAGAGGGAGACGGCAUGUGGGCGGUCGGUGAGGGAUUUUGGCUGAAAAUAGAACCCUUGUCAUUUUCUCCUUUCGCCUGUUUCUUCGUUUGGCAGGCGCUCGCCUCUGUUGCUGCUGCUGCUAUCCAAGUGGCUGUGAAGAUAAAAGAAUGAUAUCUCUGUCAGUGUUUUUUGAUCGGCUGCUCCCUCGUGCUGGAUGCCUGAGAUAAUCUGCAUAAUUCUGUCAGAUGAUUCGACGUCCGUUCUUGAAUGCUGGACUGAGGUUUCCGGCUGUUCUGCUGAAAACACAGACUGCACACUUUCCUUUUGUGAGAUUCAGUCACAUCAGCAGAAAUGAGAAGUAGCUACAUGUGCAAUUUCCCUGCACUUUUCCUGCACCAGACCAUACAUUUGGUAGCUGCAUAUAUUUUUAAUUCCAGUCUCUCUCGUCUAGAGUUGUCGCUGCUGAUUUCUGUUUUCUUCUGGAUCUUUAUUUUACAAUCCUCUCAGGAAACAGACUCGACCAAACGGGGUCUUUUCCGCGCCCUUAUUAAGGAGCUUAUGGUGGAGGUCCCUCCAGAUAUUUGAAAACACACUCAGCCCGGACCCGCCGCACACCCUCUCCUCCCUCAAAACCUGUUCAGCAGUCAUAAUAACACGCUCUCCUCGUCCCGCCUCUUGAAGGGUAAUGUGACCGUAGUUUGAAGGAGUUUGGAAAAACAAGUUAACCCGCAAUGCAGACACACCCACACAGACAGACAGACCUGACAUUUCUCUCUAUCUGUCCCCCCUUUCCUUUCCUUUUCACUCUGCGUCCUGAGAAGGAUUUAAGCGUAAACUCAUGUUUUAGACCGUGGGAUUAAAAUCAAGCCUUUGACUUAAUCCCUCCAUAUUGACAGACUGGACGCGAAAGGGCAGGUGGGAGAUCCGUUUAGCGGAUAGUCUGCUAAGCUCUGCGACAGGUGUAAGUGGUAAUGCGUGUCUGCCUCUGGUAUGGGUGAGCUCUCAGCGUCGACUUAUGUGGCUGUUUCUGGUGUAAACAGACACUUUUGAAGGCUUAGUUCUGUGCAGGGAAUUUUGUUUCGAGUCGUGAUAGAAACAUAGAAAACUAUUCCAGACACUUUUCUCUGUUUUUUUAUGUUUCGAAAGGAGUCUAGGUUAUUUCACAAUGUGACAUCUUUCACUUUCCUGUUUACAAAGCUGAACAAAGGGAAGAUAUCCACAGUUUGACUAGUUGCAUCCACUGAGAGGCUGUUUUCUAAAUAUUGAAACUCAAAGUUUCAUUGUUAGAGUUGUCUUAAGUAGGUCAAUUAUGCAAUUUAGAGAGAGCAUUUAGAUGAAUGUGAGUUCAGAUAGAGAUCGAGGAAUGCGAGAGAGAAAACAAGAUCUAGUUGACUAUGACAAAGUCUCCAGGUGAGCAAACAGAAGUUUAAAGUGCAGGAUGGGCCUGAAGCUUCAGGGUUCGUCUCUUUUUAAGACAUACUGAUGAGAAUAGACGAGAUAAAUCCCCUCUCACGAUGAAUCUGGAGGCCUCACAUUCGUUCUCGUCACCCGUGGCACCACCCAGCCAAACCUCAGCAAGUAAGUAGCAACAAUUCAAGAGGCUUUACUUGAUCUAUACCAGGGAUUAGAAGAAAACAAUGAGGAUUUAAAAAGUUUAGUCAAAUAAAUAGAGAGUGUUGUCUUACUUUGGUAAUUAGGGUGAAGAGAUCCAUCAAAGUGGAUCAAUGCAGUGACCGGUAAUCGAGCAAACAGCUGUGCAGAUCCAUUUAAUAAUCAAUCAUCUAAUGAAAUGUGAACUUUUUGAUUCUCCGGUUCUGAACUUUUGUUGGUAUCAGGUUCUGAAAUGUGAAGAGUUGCUGCUUAGAGAGGAAGCGUUUGAGUUUUGUUGUGCUGGUUUUGAAAAGGAGGAUUUUGAAGAUAUCUUUUUUGACAUUUUAAAGCUCCUGUGAAGAGUUUUUCUUUUCUUUUUUGUUGACAUUUAUGAUACAGACAAGGAUUGCUAUCUAGAGCCUGAAACUACUGCAAGGGGGGGGGUCGGUGUUUUGUACAUUUUACACAUAAAAUAAUCACAAAAAAAUGAAACGUUUGACAGUCAAGAGUCAGCAGAGGGAUAUUUAAGUCAAAAGACAGUACUGAAGUGUGUAGAUAAUAAGACUGCGUUGUCCACAGAGGAUUUCAAUCUUGCCCUGAACUAAAAAUCCCUUACAGGAGCUUUAAAUAAAUACAUGAAUAGUACAAAGUCAAAUAAACCAAAUUUAUCCACACUAAAACAGCUAUUAGAUAAACUGAUUAUUAAAGGAAAUGUUAGUUUUAGCUCGAAUUAAAUAAAAUGGAUGUAUUAAAAGCUUUCUUUAUUAAUUUGUGAUAAUAAACCUUUAUUUUGAAAAUCCUGUUGUGCAUUUUGACUAAUGCGUCUGUAGAAAGAGUCUCAUACCAGCCAACCUGAAGUGAAAACAGUUGGUACCUGAGGAUCCUGAGCUUCACACGAGUAUAAACACAGGUGUCCUCUCCUCAGCUCUUAGAGGCCGAGUUUAAGAUGAUUAACAGAGCUGAUGUUUUUAAUGGGCCCGGCUUCUGGAUCAGUCUGCAGGCUUUUCCCUUCACAGCGAGCUAAAUCACGUCUCAAACACCAUUCCCCUGCCCGUCCGCUGAGAUUUAAAGGCGCCAUUGUGGUUAAGGAAAGCUAUUCUGAGUCCCCUGAUGAAAAUGAGGGAGAUGGCAGGGAUGUUUGUCUGUUCGCAGCGAGCUGUGUGUCCACGAGGGUGGAAGAAGUGGAGAAUUCAGCUCCCUGUCUGCCUGCCUGCGUUUAUUUCCUCCCGAGUAACUUUUCGAGUUUGUUUGACAGUCUGUAAACACACCUAAGCUUCAGUGCGUGCAGGGCUACUGGAAGCACUUAGCAUGUUUAUGGAUUUUACUAUCAAUAACUGAAAACAGAGGGAGCUCUCCGCCUCAUGGUUCGAGUUUUAAAAUAAAACAAAGCUCUUAACACUCACUUAUGCGGACUAGCCCUCCGUUUGACUACUUCUGUUCGAGAACACUCAUGUAUACUCUGAGUUUUUGUCUGAAGUGUAGCCUCAGAUGAGGUGAGGGGGCGUUAAUGACACGAAACUGAGAUCUUUUAGGAGCCUAUCCAGCAGCAGGUGGCUAGAUUAAAGGAGCUCUGAGGGAAGAUUCGGUUUUCUGCAGAGGGCCUCAAUAUGGCGAGCCAGAUCGAGAGGUGUAAAGAGAGCUCAGACCUAAAGCCUUUGGAUUUCUAACAGCCUCGCAGUUUUCACUCUACAUGCAUUUGUACAAUCUUCACAGGAUAAAUGUUUGCAGGUGGUUCCUAAACUUUGCAUCUUCAUUUGGUAGUCAGAGCGAGCGCUUGAGGAAAAAGAAAAACCUGUAUCCACAAUUGUACAUGUGUGUAUAUGCACAUACAUGUCGAAAUAGACGGCUUUUCUUAGAGCGAGGCCAACCAAAUCCUCUGUUAAUUCUGUACCCACUAACUUUGGCAGGACAGUAAAAUUGUGGCCUCCUCUGUGUGUCUCUGGGAUAUUGGUACCCUGUUAUGACAGUUCCUUCAAGGUAGCUUUUUAUAUAUUUGUAAAAGAAAUUCAUGCCAGAGUGGUCAGUGGUUUCUUCUUUAUAUAGCUGAGAGGGACAUUGUGUCACUUUUGUCAAAUAAACAGUUAUCAUCAUCACACACAGCACUAUACUUUGUCCUCCAGACUGAGUGAUAAACCAGAGCUCUGUUUUUGGAUUUGGAUCUUCAACGCUAUUCUUGACUUUUGCCAUCUCCCUGUCCUUUAAGUGAUUGUUAGUAAGUGUUAAUUUCCUGUGUUGUUACAGUGUGCCAGUGCUUUGCUGUGCUGGAGGAUGGAGUGUUGGCACACAACCUGCAGGAGCAGGAAAGUAAGUACAAUGUCAAGCUGCGCCAACAGGUGCUAAUGUGCGCUAAUUUAUAUCAUGGAUGUUUUCUCCAGCAUCUCUAUGAUUCACCACUUUCUACAUACGAGGAUUAGUUCUGAGAUCUUGUGUUUUUUAUUUGUAUUUUCAAUGAAGUUAGAAGAAAAUAUUUUAUAAUUUUGAUACAGUCUAUGUUUAGAGAGGAGCCUUCUAUCUUCUAUUUUGUUCACUUUCUCUGUAGGUGUGUUGUUUUAAUUUUUCAGUAUAUCAAGUUUCAUAAUUUUGUGUCUGUCUUUAUAAUGAGGGUCAGCAUGAGAAAAACAUGUUUUAUAAUUAGCAUAUUCGUAACUUAUCAGUACAAAUGACAGUGUGUUAAUAUACUUUCAAUAUGAGCCUUUCACUGUCUCUCACUGGACACUUUCCCACCCUCUUUGCUUCUCCCUCAGUUGAGAAAUACUAUUCAACCAACAUCCAGAAGAACCAACUCGUGCAAAACGACAUCCGAGUUGCAAAACAGCUGCAGGACGAGGAGGAGGAGGAGCGAAUGCAGCAGAGCGCCCUCCUCAGACAGGCCUCUAGACAACUGUAGGUGACCCCUGCUGCUGCUGAGACGCACUUUUAUACUGCAUUAAUCACAUGAUACUGCAUGUCCUUUAUGUACCCCGACCUUACUCCCUGCAGGUUUACUUUAUGGUAUUAAUAUCUCACGUGCUUGUUUGAAGAUAUGAUUGUAGUUGCAUUAGUAAUUCACUGUUUUUUUGUCUGUUACAACGCCACAGAGAGGAGCAAGACUUUGAGUACGCCCGUUUGAUCCAGGAGGAGAUCCAGCGCUGCGCUGAGGAGGCCCAGAGGAGGGAGCUGGAUGAUGAGGUAAGAACAACAAGUGUAAAAGAAGAUUAAUUGUUCCGGUGGUCACAUGAUCGUCAUUGUGUUCGGAGUUCCCAUAGUUUAUAUCACUGGUAUAAGGAGUGCAAAGGCCACCUCUGACUGAUCAUAAACCUUCACCGACUGCACACGUGUUUUCAGUUUGGAAAUCUGCACGUGUUCGCAUCUGUGUCUGUAUACAACUGUUAUUUCUCCCAAAGAGGGCUGCACACACUCUAAUGUUAACUUAAACGGUAAAAUGAGUGGACUCUGUAAUAAGUAAGUUGACAGAAAGCUUAUUAAAACACGGCGGACAUAAAUGAGGCUUCGAUGAUGCGUACGGACGCUUUAGAUAAAUGUUUACUCCUAUCGUCUUUGCCCACAAGAAUAUUUUAUCAGUGUAAUAGCAAAUAAACCUGUUUGUUAAUACUGCAAACCCAAUAUGCUCUGCUAUAUGGAAGUAAAAGAAUGUAAAACUGGUGAUAGAGCACUAAAAAAGUCAAUCAAUCAGUUGAUCUUCAUUGAGGUGAGUAACAGGGGUCAACCCAAGUCUGAAUCUGCUCCAGCUGUGUCAAAAAGGAGUGUCUAAGUAAAACCAGAGGUGAGUCUCAACCCCAAAUAUAACUUUUGAUUGUUGAAAACUGGCCUGUUUCCACCUCACAAGCAAAGUAGCUGUAGUCAGCUUGAAAUCGUGUCAGUUGCAAUUAAUCCCAAACCACUAUCUAGUGCAAGACACAAUGGACUGUGUUAAUGGAUAAUGCUGUAAUUGAUUAUCUGCCUCAGUAAAUGUUGAAGGCUGUAGGAAGAAUUUUUGGUGGCGCACAAAGCAGCAAGCAGCAGCUCGUGGAGGUAGAUUAAAGGCUCUUUGUAUCUAAAAGUACAGCCCUGUGUGCAGACAGAGCUGCUCAUAAUAAAAAAGGCCAAUCCUGACAGCUGGCAGCAACCUUGAAAGAGCAGCGCCAUUAUCUCUAAAGUUCUGCACAUUCAGCACACGCGCUCGUGGAGUUACAUGGCACUUGGGACAUACUUAUGUAUCAUUUAAUUAUCUGCCUGUUACCAGCAGGUCAGGGAGUCUCACAUGGUUCACUUUGCUCUCUCUGAGGACGAUCUGGGUCCAUAAUGAACGGCGGUUGCAGCAAAGUGCUGCUCUGGGCCUCUGCUGCGUCCACUGUACGAGCAAAGUCAGCUGCUAGACGGAGACACAAGCUGUCAGCUACCCAUGAUGGCUCAAUCUCCAGACAUGGACCAUCAGCCUGUCCACACACUCACUCCUGUGUGCUCUAAGUCUCACUCAGACGGGUCAAAUAAAAAAGUCUGAACAUUGUUCUUGAGCGAGUUUAAUCAAGAGAGUGCUUCAGCCUCUUUGAGGUUCCUUAAAUGGUUUAACAUUUUAAUCCAGUUUACCAAACUGGUUAGGUGAACUUGUUUAAAACCCAGCGACACGCCAGUUUGGUAAACUGGGAAAUCUUUAAAUUAAUGGUGACAGCUGAGAAGUUCCUCAGGCUGUUUUUGUUGUAGCACAGAGUUCAUCUCGGUGUCCUAGUUUGUACUUUAAUUGUUGUUUCAUGUAAAUUACGUGUUAGUUGUCGUGAUCACUGUUAAAGCUGAUAAAUUAUUCUCUCUGACUCGGCAGUGGUUUGUUUGAAGCAGCAAGAAGCAUCAACAAUAAAAGCCAUAUUUUGGUAUAUAUGUUUGAAUCAGUAAAUUAGAGUUUCAUUGACUGAUAUUGAUUUGUAACGAUACGCAAGAUUACGAUUUGUUGGAUAGUAACAUCAAAACUUUGUAAAUUGUUUUUAUCGAAUCCUUUAGAGCAGCGGUUCUCAACUGGUCUCACUCUGGGACUCACAUUUCCUCAUGGUCCUUAAAUCGCGACCCACUUUUAAAGAAUUCAAACCAAGCAAAUUAAUUUUUUUACUUAAAAAAAAACCUUUUAAGACUGAAAUCUUUCACACAAAUACACCCGUUUUAUUGAGUAAAGUGCAUUUCAGAGCACAUAAACUGAGGACGACAACUACUGAAGUUGCUUAUACAGAAAACAACAAAUAUCAAAUAAAUAUCAAAUUGCACAAAAUAAGUUAUUUUUCAAAAUAAAAGACAUGUCAAACAUCAGAUGCACUUUAAAUAUUUACUUUUUUGACCAGCUGUUUGCGACCCAUCCAGAAUGUGUCCAUGACCCACUUUUGCGUCAGGACCCACCAGUUGAGAACCAUUAAAACCACCACAAAAAGUCGUGCUUGUAGAGUUUCCAAUCUAGAAUAAUUUCUCAACAUAAACUUUGAAUCUUUCUGCUAAUCCUGCUCCAGUAUCAGAAAAAAUCUCCUCCUCCUGCUCGCUAACUUACCUCUUUCUGCCAAACUUUGUCAGAGGAGCUCUAAACAUAAACACUUCACUAAAAUUCAGUAUAAAGACACUGCUCCCCUGUCACUGAUAAUCUAAUUUUACUAUCUAAAUCAUGACAAGACAUCUGUAUAUUUGACACUACUUCAAAAUCAGUGAACUUUAAUGUCUUUCAUUGUUUUUUUUUGUAUCUACUUUUCAACACAAAACUUAACCGUAAUAUCUCAACGUUCCUGUUUGAGUCGCUGUGACAUUAAUGUCUCUUCCCCUGAUUUGUUCUGGAGCUCCAGAUCUCAAGGUCCAGAAUUUAUAAAUACAAACUACAUUUCAGUCUGCAGCCCAAACAGGAAGGGGCAACCAGAUGGUUCCCAUCAAUCACAUCUCCCAUGUUUUUCCAACAUUCAGCUCCUCAAACUCUUGUGUUUUUAUGUCUUUGUGUAUUUUCAACCAGAGCGUGCUUUUCUGAACAUAUUUCGCUCUAUGAGGGGAUAAUCUGACUGCCCCCCCGAACAGAGGAAAGAGUGGAGCUGUGCACGAAGAAGAAGAAGAAGAGCAUUGUUGUGUAAAACUGCUAAUUCUGCCACAAAACUCCCCAGCUGGUGCAGUGGAGCAGUCUGCGUCACAAGGCCGCUCCAGCAUGAUAUUUUCCUUUACCCUGCAGUUUCCUUUCAGAGGAGGCUGCCUUGGACAGGCUUAUAAGAGCUCCUUGUUUGGAGGAUGUGAGGUCAGGGAGGCUGUGGGGGUUCAUUCAUCAUUAGAAAGGGGGUUUAGGCUCAGCUCUGUUGGAGGAAACACACGGUUGACGAGUGACGACUCAUUUACCUUUUAGGUAAAAAGUCAUGUAAGGUCGUGCAGCACGUGGUGUGAGUAAACAUUUAUUAUGGGUGUAAUUAUUUCUCUUUAUGAGUGUUGCUGCUGGGAUCAAAUAAUGAACUAUUACCACUCCUGUAAGCUUACCUUCCUUAAUGACUGGCUGAUCAGAGGUGUUGAUUAAAUAUUUGCCUCCCUGUAGAGGCUGCCUUUAAUUAAAGCAACAGAAGGCGUCAGGCUGAGCUGUUUUAAAUGCCAGAUCCCUAUGGCACUCCACACCUAACCUCCCAUGGCAAGUCGCUAAUUGUCUGCUGAUGCUGGCAAAGCGGCUGACACGCACGCCCCGACUGCAAAGCACAAAAAAAAAGGAGCUGCGUUAGCUUUGGUUAUGAUUUAUGUUGUAAAUGCAGCCCACAGAGAGGGAUUUCAUGAGAUUAACUGUUCGUUUGCCGAUAAGUAUCAGCAGCGGAUUUUCCAAGAAGAAGAACAACAGUCGCACUGUGGGGCGUCUCCUUCAGAGCGCAGACACUUACUGUACAGAGGAGGCUUUCUCCUCCAGUGACGAGGUGUUACUCCAAGUGAAACAGUCCCGCUGACCUGUUUCCGCUGUUUUUUGUUCCACAGUUCAGAUGGAAGGAGAUGAAAAGUUCACGUCUGUCGUGCAGUUUCCUGGUUACUAAUGUGCAUACAGACACUUUUUAUUUUGGCCACCCAGAGCUGACUGUGUGUAAGACGCCAGAUCACCUCAAAGUGCCAUUGUUGGUGCUGCCACCUUUUAAAGACGUGCCAGCUGUCAUUGGAUGAACAAAAUAAACAAACUCAAUCACACUAAAGAGGGUGUUAGAUUAAAUCUUGGCCUAAGUGAGUCCUGUUUAUAAAGAUUAAAACUUUAGAUUAUGAAUCAAAAGUUUUUUUUGUUUGUUGUGUGACUUUUAUAAGUGGAGGGGGAAUGUUGUCCCUAUUUUGUCCCCACAAAGUUUUACUCAUGCUGCCAUCUACUGGCUGAAAACAUCAACAACACACGAAAUGAGUUCACACAGGAAGUUCUUAAAGCAGUGCCUGUAAAAGGGUCGUAUUAGUUAAUCGGUUACAUUAUGUGGAGCUUGAUUUUGUAUUAUCUAAUGCUUUCGUGUAAAUUAUUUUGCUUUGAUGACUGAAUCUGUAAAUGAGCAAAAUGAAAAAAUUCAACUCUGUGAGGUGAAAAUUAUUCAAGUCAGGGUUGACGGGGUUUGCAGCUGAGUUCCCCAGUCCUGCUGUAAAUGCUCCUCAAAUUAAAAAAAGACAACCUUAUAUUUGUCAGAGCCUCCCUGAUUAUUUUCAAGAUCAACUUCGUUUCUCUGUAGCUGAAAUCCCUGUUGGCUGACUCAUCAAAGGUUUUGGCACUGACUGUUUCAAUGAUCCAAAAAACUGUUUGUCCUUUCUGAGAGUUUCUGAGAGACUACAUGAGAGAUCACACUCUGAAAUCUUUGAUCGCAGUAUUAACAAACUGUGAGAAUCUGAAUACUAUCUCAUGUUUUAAUGUAGGCGUGUUUCAGACUGGUUUAUAGUGGCCCCUUUAAAGAAAUCAAACACUGUACAAUUUAACUAGAGGAGUAAACAUUGUAUAUUUAAAUACAUCCAGUCUUCUCUAAGCCUAGAAAUGACGUUGAGUGCCUGAAUAUGAUUUGCCCUGAUCGUAACUGCUCCCACUUAGCAACAGACGGCUAUUAGACAUCUAGUUUUUUAGACCUAAUUUUAACCGCCUAGAUUCUGUAAAAUUGCAAACAGAAUUUAUACUGAAAUAGUUAUGAUAGCCAUUGAGCAAUAUCGAGUGUCAUAUAGAUACAGCCCAGAUUUAGACUUGGUCUAAAUUUAGACGUCUAAAAAACUUUCAUUUUCAGAUCUGUGGUAGCCUGAUUUCAGACCAGACAUCUAGGCUACAUUUAGACGUCUAUCAGUCCUCUUUUGACCAAAAACUGCUCAGUAGUCUGGAUGCUCUUAUUCUGAUAUGAACAAGUCAUCUGUUUGUUUGUUUUUUCCACAGGAAAUAGCCAAACGUUUGCAGGAGGAGGAGAAGCUGAGAGUCCGUAGGAGCAGCAGAGACCAGGAGGGGCAGAGUGAAGGUAAGGUACAAGCUUUACAGUUUGGUGAACCAUCAUAUCGACUUUAUACUUACGCUACAACAUGAGUCAGCGAUCUUAUAGUAAUGCAAACUUGUUUAAAAAAGCAGCCGUGAUAUUUAGAUUUGUAGGUUUGGUCCAUUCUGUCCCUGGGCUUGUUAGCUCCUCACAGACAGUGCUUCUCUUUCUUGCUAAAUGUUGUUAUUUUCAGUCUCCAGCAUGAAGAGAAACAUCCUGCAAAGCUUUUACACCAUAUUAUUAACUUCAUAAUAUGCUCUGACUCUGUUGCAUGCAUAUAACACAUGUUUUGAAUAGUCUUGUAGGCAUGAUUUAAUAUCUGUAUUCUCUUCUAUGAAUGUAUGUCAACGUCUUUAUUUUAUCUAAAACAUUUACGUAUAUGAAGUCAUCGAUACUCCAUAUGCUAUUUUUAUUUUGAACGUUAUAUUCUAGCGUGUCAUGUUUAACCACACCUGUCUAAUAAUACCUGCUAGCAGCCUCACCCACCCUCCUGCUCUUUGUUGCAUGUUUGGCAUUACUAAAGGCAGCUCCCUCGAUCCUGCUCUGCCUUCCCCUCAACAGCACACACUCAGCAGCACUUAUCCAGGAGUCGAGCGGUACUCCUCUUCCACCACCAGGUGGCAAUGUUCUACCUCACACAGACCUUCAGACUUCGCUGAGCCUCUGGCUGACUCCCCCAGGGGGUUAGCAGCUCAGAAAAACACAACUCCAUGGUCGAAUCAAGGACACAGAGAUGCCUUUAGGGAAAUAAGGAAUAAAUUGAGGGAGACUUUGAGCGAGGAGUCAGAGGACUCGGACUCGGUUUUCUCUGAACAGCUUUCUGUUCUGUCCCAGAGACUAAGGGAGAGGCUCACUACCGCACCUCCUCGUCAGCGGGCACCUUUGUAUCAUCCACAAGAGAGAAAUUAUAGAAGUCUUAGUCCCAGCAGCAGCUUCACAGAUGAGCUCAGAGGCUGGAAGGAGGACAAAGGAGAGCGGGAUGUGGACUCUAAUGGAAAUAGUGACCUAGAGAGGAGGAGGCCCAGGGUCUGGGAGUAUAGAGAGGGGUAUGAAGGUCGCCACAAGAGCAGAAAUGAGGAUAGAGACUCUAAGUUAGCUGAGGGGAGGGAGAGGCGAUGUAGCCGCAGUGAAUCCGUCAGGCUACAUGACAGGAGCAGACACAGCAAUAGAGACCUAUCAAGAACCUGGAGCGUCAGGGAGAACCCUGAUAAACAUGUCCGCUUUCGGGAUGACAGCAGGAGCACCAACAGGCAGCAGGGUGAAAGCAGCGGUGUGUGGGAGAUGCUGGGCCAGGUCCUCAUGGAGCGGGGUGUGCCUGUGAGGUUAGGCACCAACGGGGCGCCACUUCAAAUAAUUCCUCACAGGAGAGACAGUCAGGUGCUUCACGGGAGCGAGGCCUCCUACGGCGACUCCCAACCACAUCAGAGAGCCUUCCAGAGAGCUGCCACCACCAGGCACAGUUUCCAUGGAGAUAUCAGGGAGAGGAGGAGAACUUCAUACCGGGAAAACAGCGGGAGAGAUCACAGAGAAGACGGAGACAGGCACCGUAAUAACGUGGACCAUGACGGGGAGGUUUCUGAGAUUAGUAGCAGAGACUCUUAUUUUGAUAACGGAGAAAGGCGAGGCAGUAGGAGGUGGAGAGAGCACAGAUACUACGAUGACGAGAGAGUGAGGAGUGCGAAUGAGCCGGAGGUCAAAAGGACGCAGAGCCAACGCAGGCAUUGGCACAGGACCAUAGAGGAAAGGUUCAGCUCUGAGGAGGAGGAGGAGCAGGAGGGGGAGAGGAGGUCAGAGAGGCCUCGCAGAAGAGCUCUACGACACAGCCAGAGUCUCAGAAGCAGCAGUGAAGCUUCAACCAGGCAUAGGUCAAGAAACAUAGCAGCAGGUAACACCCAGAUCUGCGGAGGGGACGCCUCCCCGCCUCUUUGUGUGCAUCUGCUCCUCUCAUCUUCCCUCAAUCAGCCUUUAAUCUGAACAAACUGAGAUUGUAGUGGUGGUUCAGGGUUCGGGGUCUCUUGUUGGACUGGGGCAUUUCCUUCUACAUCUACAAUUCUAAAAAAAAAUCACCUCACACUUUCAUUCUCAUCUCCUUCCUCGUUGUUUUAGUCAAAGGGAAUAAGUAGCAUGGUGUGCUUUUCUUUGGUCUGAUUCAAAUGUCAUCAGUCUUUGAUUCUGAGCUGAUCAUGUUUGACGAUCGUAGACUCUUCUUCUCUUAUCGUGAUUCCCGUCAGCUCCUUUGGGUUUAACUCGAUUGAAACUCUCCCUCAGGAGCGUCACUGCAGCCCGAGUCAGACGAGGCGGGCCUGGACCUCAGGGAUCUGCAGCAGGUCCUCAGGGAUGAAGAGUUGGCUCGGAAGCUGCAGGAGGAAGAGGAGAAGCUGUCGAGACGGGUAAAGAAAACAAGAGUUUACUGACAAAGAACAAGGCUAACGAAUCAUCCUUUAAUUUCUUAUUUCUAAUCUUUCAUUCUCUUGUUUGUGCAGUACUCGCAGCCCUCACCGCGAACUUCUUACCCUGCAGGGGACUUCAGGGUUGCACAAGUAGCUCAAGAUGAGGUGUGAUACAAUAAAAAAGUUCCAAGUCACAUUUUAUCUCUUGUUUUAAGCAUCCAAACACGGGAUAAUCUGUUGUUUAUGUUGUUCCAGGAAAUAGCUCGUUUCAUGCAAAAGCAGGAAAUAAAAUCAAAGCGUCGAUCUCGUGAGCUGGAGGGACCUGAAUCCUGGCGCGAGCACAGAGCGAUGAUGAGUCAUUAUGACAGACGAGCCACAAGAGACAGACAGGUAAAUGUGUGAUUGUAACCGGAGAGUAAAUAUCAGUCUGUACACGUGUCUUUGACGUCAGAGUUUCAGGGAGUAUGGGAAGAUUUCUUUACUCUUCUUAAGAGAGAACAGCUUUGUUUAAGACUUAUGAGAAAAGAAGAAACUGUUGAUUCAUGUGUGGACAUUUCACUCUGAUCUUUGUCACACUUUGUCACAAGGGACCCAGUGGCAGGUGGGUCACUCAUCAUUCAUCAUGCAUCAUGCAUCACGAGUUGGAAUGUCUUUCAACACAAAACUUUCAUUAUUGAGUACUGAGAAAACACAGUUGACAGUCAUUCCUCUGUUUUCAGGGAAAACCACCGCAAAGAAAAGUUAUGUUUCUUUACUACACAAAGAACACAGUCUAGACCUGCUCGGUGAUGUGUUUUAAGAUGGUUUCACUGUUGUAAAAUUGAGAUCUCCUGAAGACGUCAGUUCAAGUGGAAAAAGACUGCGAAAAGGGCACUAGAGGGUUAAAAUACCCAUUUACCCCCAAUUUCCACUGCAUCUGGAAAGGCUACGAAAAGGCUGUGUCCGCCGAUCGUAGUUGAAAGUAACCGUUCAAGUUAAUAUGUCAAUUUCCACAGGCUUCUUUCUGUUCUGCUCCAGACGCCGGAGCACACCGGAUAUAUUCAGCACAGAUUAACCCGUGCUGGAAAGGAAGUCGGGCACAGACACAAAAUAAAACAUCCGGCAUCUUUUCAAAAUAAAACACUCCAUGUUUCAGGCGGAUCGUAUUUUACACCAUUUCCCCCUCUGAAGGGACAUAAUCUACUGCUUAUAAGGUUAUUUGGCUGUCUUUAUAUAGACAACAUGUUACCCUGCGAUGAAUCCGUGGGUUUUUGUUAGUUCUCACUGUCCAUAGUCCGCCACGAAAUUUGCUUCACAAACGGAUCCAGUAGGAAUUGGCAGAUGGCAAAAAUUGCAGCUGUUCUGGAUCAGAGCUGUUCCGGAUAUAGUGGAAAUUCAGGGUUAGCUGUAUGGCUCUGUUAUCACUGCUGCCUUGUAAAUGAAGGUUUCCCCCGUCUGUUCUCUUAGAUUCAACGAGAGAGGCUCGACUCUGAGGGUCUUCCUUCCCCCACUGAGGACUGCUCCCCAGAAACCCUGCCCCCCAGUCCCAUCUCCACUCUCCCGUAAUGACUCAGCAUACAUGUACAAAACUCAAACUAACAUCUGUGCCCCUGUAUUUUUUUAAAUUCUGACUUAUAACCGCUGCGCUUACAGACAGACCCAGCCGGUCAGGAACAUCGCAGAGGAGCUGGACCCCACUUUCCAGGCCAGACGCCUCGGCACAGACAGCCUCAGAGUGGAACUAACAGGUGCUGCGACCCCGUGGGAAUAACAGUCAGAACGAAACUCACCGUGACAGUGAUUUGACUCUCACUUUCUUUUUCUCUCCAUGAAGGUCCAACUUGUCAGCCCGUCCCGGUCCCACAGUCUGGCUUGCAUGAGUUCCUCGAGGAGCCAAAUUUCAUCCCUCCAACGAAGCGGCAAACAGAGAAAGCGGGGCGCAACAAACCCAAAGAAAAGAGGGAAAACUGCAAACAACAGUAACAGCUGUACUCUUGGGAUGCAUAUUUAUAUUUUUUUAACACUAAAACCAGCUCAUUAAAGAACUCAUCAUUACUUUGAGUUAAGAUUCUCUUCCAGCCACCCCUGCUAGCACUUUAGACCUGAGAGAGUUUUGUCGCUUUAAUCCAGUGAAUGAUGACACUAUUUUGGAUGCAUGCCUUCUAUAAUUUUCAAAGGGAGAAUUAUAGCUCAUCUAUUGUAUUAUUGAGUGUUGAAUAAACAGUACACCUUUUUAUAUUUAUAUUUGUUACUUUUUGUGUUAUCUAGUUGGGCAAUUUACAGUGAGUAUCCGAAAUGUCAACUGACACAAACAGGAAGUGACCACGAUGAUAUCCUGUGAACCUGAGAGAGGCAGAGUUCAGAAGGAAGCUACUUUGAGACACUCUGUCCUGUUGUGUUUGCAAACUAUCAGGAAAAAAACGCCCACGUUUACAUAUUUAGUUCAGUGACAAUCAACUAAUAAUACUUCUUUGUAAAGACAGUAAGGUUUAGUAUGUGAAGUAUGUAAAUUUUCUUACAUAUAUCCUUUCGGAAAAAGACAAUCCGAGCUUUUUGAAUUGUGUCUCACUGAGGUUCACAUUCUUAGCACCGUCCUUUACAGCUCAUUAUGAUGUGACUUUUGUGAGAUAAUUAAGGCGCCGGUUUGAAGCUUCCAGAUCUAAUGACAUACCUGAUUUAAUUCCCUCAUGUUUAUUUUGUUCGUUUGAUUUUAUGUUUAUACAUUCAUUCAUUUAUAAAUCAGUUUGUGUAUGUAUGUGACAUGAAAGAAGGAAUGAAUACAUGUAUGUUUGUAGGAACAAAUGUUUGAAUAAAUAUAUAUUUCUGAUGGUAUGGCGUAUUUAUAUAUGUAUGGGGAAAAAAGACUAUGUAUGAAUGAAAGUAUGAAUGUGUAUCUUUGUCUUUCGGUAUACAUGUAUGAAAAUAUGCAUUGACAUAAAUAAAUAUUUUAUAGGUAUGCAUGUAUGAAUAAAUGAGUGUUUGUGUUGUGCAUGUCAGAUUGUAUUGAUUACAGUAUGUAUGAAUGCUUUUAUAAAUGUAUGUCUGUGUGCAAGAACAAACGCAUGUAUGUGUAAAUGAAUGUAUGAGUUUGUAUGAAUGUAUAUUCAUAUGUUUGUAUGUCAGCCCCAUGACUCUAACAGACCAGUGUAUCCUGCUUUUAGACAGAUUUCUGUUCACAUACAAGUUUUUACAAACAUCGUUUUUUCAGUGUUUGUGUUUUUGUAGGAAUUGGCAGCAUUAAAUGAAUUUGAGUUGGAAAAAAAACUGCCACUCAUUGUGGUGAGUAUUAAUGCAAAUUCUCAAGAGUAAAAUAAAGUUUGUAUAAAAGCAUUUCAAUAGUGUUCAACCCUAUGCGUUCACUUUUACCCAAUUGAAAAGUGUUUUUUUUUUUUUUUACGACUGCUUCUAAACGUCCCGGGAGGCACGUGGGGAAAACCUCACCUGUACACGAGCGGCAAUCAGCACACCUGUUGUUACUCGUAUUUGGUGAGUAAGUAUCGUCUAUUCGCGUUGUGAGAAUUGUGACGGUGUGUCAUUUUUGUUGUCCGGGGGCGAUUUUAUCCACAAAAACUGUUUUUGUCCGUAAUUUCUUUGAAACUUUCGGGUAAGCUAAACUAGUUUAGCCCAAGCUCAUUCGUGUCUCAUUUUAAUUUUAACUGAAUAAAAUUAUCCAAUAAUCGAUCAUA